AGAAGACUUUCUUGCAAAGAGAGGACUUUGGUCGCCUUCCUCAGCUUGCAGCCCUGCGACUCCUCUCCUUUGCCCACCUGCUGCCCAUAUGGCUCCUUGGCAGCCUUCCCUGCUCCUGCUUGCCUGGCUGCCCUCCCUGGCUGCAGGUGGGUUCCCUGGAAGGACCAGCUCAAGAGAUCGCAGGCAACUACUAGCUCUGAAUCAUCCUGGUGUCUGUCGCUAUGGUUCAAAGUUUGACUGCUGCUAUGGGUGGAAAAGAAAUAGCAAAGAGCACUGUGAAGCUACCUGUGAACAUGGGUGCAAAUAUGGUGAAUGUGUGAUGCCAAACAAGUGUAAUUGUUUUCCUGGAUUCACAGGAAAAACCUGUAGCCAAGAUCUCAAUGAAUGUGGACUGAAACCGCAUCCUUGCAAACACAGGUGUAUGAACACUCAUGGCAGCUACAAGUGCUAUUGUCUUAAUGGAUACAUGCUCAUGCCUGAUGGCACCUGCAGAAAUUCCAGGACGUGUGCCAUGGUGAAUUGCCAAUAUGGCUGUGAAGAGGUGAAAGAUGAUGUGCGAUGCUUGUGUCCAUCAAGUGGACUUCAGUUAGCACCAAAUGGAAAAACAUGCAUAGAUAUUGAUGAGUGCUCCACUGGCAAAGCUAUUUGCUCAUUCAACCGCAGAUGUGUCAAUACAUUUGGAAGUUAUUACUGCAGGUGUCAGAUUGGAUAUGAACUGAAAUACGUGAAUGGUCGAUACGACUGUAUAGAUGUAAAUGAAUGUACAGCAAACAUAUCCACGUGUAACUUCCAUGCAGAAUGCAUCAAUACACAGGGAUCUUUCAAGUGCAAAUGCAAACCAGGCUACAGAGAUAAUGGAUUUGAAUGCUCUGUUAUUCAUGAAAAUUCUGUGAAAGAGUUUCCUAGACUCUCUGGAGUUGCCAAAGAGAAACUCAAAAAGCUUCUUAUGCACAAGAACAAUGUGAAAAAACAUGAAGACAUGAAAAAUGCCAUCUCAGAACCUCUUGUGACUCCACCUUCUAAAACACAUGUAAGACCACUAGACUACGAAGAAAGUGUGUACACAGAGGAUGACUUUACUGAUCAGGGUGAAAGCAGUGAAGAUGUUGUAAGAGAUGGAAAAAUCAACAAGAAAGGAGCUGAGGAAGAAGAAGGAGAAAGUGACCAUCUUGAAAAUCAGGUUGGCCAUGAGAAGAAACUCCGAGGAGACGUAUUUUCCAAAGAAGCAGCUGCCUUUGGUCCUCUCCCAGCACAAAGGAAAAUUCCAACCCCAAAAGCAGAGCUAGAAGUGGACUGCAGCUUUGGCCGAGGGUCUUGCGCUUGGCAGCAAGAUACAAAUGAUGACUUUGACUGGAGUCUUGUGGACCAUGAGAAUGGUGAUGGAUAUUACAUGACAGUUCCAGCCUUUAUAAGUCACAAGGAGGAUGUUGGUCGUUUGAAACUUCUUCUCGUUGGCCUUGAGCCAAAAAGCAUUUAUUGUUUAAUUUUUAGUUACCGGCUUGCAGGAGAAAGGGUAGGGAAACUACGAGUAAUCCUCAAUGACAUCAGUAGUGACCCUUCCUGGGAGCAAAGCAUGGGGAACAAUGAACAGUGGAAAACUGGACAAAUUGAAAUAUCUGCAGGAGCUGAAGAAACUAUGAAUAUCAUCUUUGAGGCAGAACGUGGGAAAGGUACAACUGGAGAAAUAGCAGUGGAUACUGUGACACUAUUUUCUGGCCUGUGUCCUGAAGACCACCUGUCAUUGGAUCAUGUGUCUAUAUAGUUUGAAUUUACUGUUCUGAUUGCUGUUAUAUUAUUUGCUGUACUAAUAAAAAAUGUUGUAUCACUGUUGCCUAGAUAAAAUGCCAUUCUAGAAAUGACAUUUUGAACUUCAAUGCAAACAGAAAAGCAGAUCUAAAAUUUCUCCACUGAGAUAACACAUUUGUAUAUAGAACCUACUAAACUUUGUUUAUAUGUUGCUCUAUUGUAUUAUAUCAUUUAUGGUCAGGGCUUUACAGAAUGUGAAAUAUUUCUUUAGCUCUCCUACAAUAAAUGUGCAUUAUUUUAUAUAAAACUCA